AUGCAGUAUACUUCAUUGUUUCAAAGAGGGGAACAACCCUCCACCCCUGCAUCCAUUCAAGGAGCAGCAGCUUUGAGCUCGCCGGCAUCACUUGACAACUCCCUAUCUGACAUGUUCCGCUCUCCUCCUAGGCCCUUGCCAUAUGAUGCUGAUCCCAGAUAUUACCGCUUGCAACGGGAUGGAUUAGUCUCAAGAAGGGAGAAAGGCUCUAGUCACUCACACGAGGAAACUGAACCACUGAGAAUAAGUGCUAUUGAUGCAGAAUCUGAAUAUGUGAGCAGUGGGAAAAAGUGGAAUGAGUCUACUUUUGAAGAAGGUUCUAAAGAAUAUAAUUCCAAGUCUACACUGAAGCUCUCAUCGACAAAGACAGCAACUGGAUUUGCACAUAUCUAUACUUCAGAAGAUGACGAUGUCUGCCCAACAUGCCUUGAAGAAUACACUUCUGAAAACCCCAAGAUAGUUACAAAAUGCUCUCAUCAUUUCCACCUUGGUUGCAUCUAUGAGUGGAUGGAGAGAAGUGAAAGCUGUCCGGUUUGUGGCAAGGAGAUGGUAUUCAAUGAGACGCCUUGA